AUGGCAGCGAUGGCGGCAGGAGAUGAGCAUGCUGCCUCUGAAGUUCUGAGAGGAGUCGCUCGACAUUUAAAUUGCCUGAACGAGGACAACAAGGCGACACGAAAGCGAGCUCUGGAGUUAAUCCGGAAGGAGACGCUGGAUAAAGGGCUGUCCGGCAGCGUCCUUCAGGAGGUGUUCUCUGCCCUCCUCAAGCCUCUGCUCAAAUGUCUGUCAGACCCGAUGGAAAGAUGCAGAGAAACCACGAUAGCGAUGAUAACGGACUUUAUUCGAUGCGUCCCCAAACCGGAGGAGUCGCUGCCUUACCUCAUGCCCUGCCUGGCUCAGCGGUUUGGGGAGAAAGAGGUCCUGGAGCCGGCGGAGGAGCUUCGGCUGUCGGCCACGGAGAUGCUGACUCUGACAGUGGAGGUGUGCGGGAAGCAUUUAGCUCCUUUCCUGAGCGAAACGAUCCGCAUACUGCAGAGGGGCAUCGUCGACCCUUUCCCAGAUGUCAAAAGAGAAAGCUGCAGAUGCACCGUGAACUUUGCCAAAUGUGUGCCAGAGCACUUUCACAUGCAGGCUGAGAGUCUUGUGAAGCCUCUCACGCUGACGAUCGCUCAUCAGCACUCCCGGGUACGAGUGUCUGUCAUCGAAGCCACUGGUGCAGUUAUUCAGCACGGCAGCGGCAAAAAUGUGGACGACGUGCUCUCUCACUUGGCACAGAGACUGUUUGACGACUCACCACAGGUGAGGAAAGCUGUGACUGCAGUUGUUGGUGAUUGGCUGUUGCACAUGAGAGACCGAUACUCUUAUUUCCACAAACUUAUCCCACUCCUGCUGAGCAACAUCAACGAUGAGAUCCCAGAAAUAAGACUUCUAGCAGCUGAUUUAUGGAGGCAGGUAGGCACACAGUGGGAGAAGGAGAAUAAGGACGACAUCAAGGACAAGAUGGACUUCCUUCUCACUCCACCUCCACACUACCCACCAGGAGUGGAGCGUCCAGGGCUGGGCUGCAGAGAGCUGGUGGUGAGAAACCUGGGGAGGCUGGUUCCAGCCAUUACCCAUGAUGUGACUGACUGGCUGGUGCCGACCCGGGUCAGAACCUCUCAGCUUCUGUCUGUGCUGCUGCUCCACGCCGAGGACCACAGCACCCAGCACCUGCAGCCUCUCCUGGCCACCCUGUACCGGGCCUGCACUGACACAGAGAGAGACGUGGUCAGCAGUUGCCUGGCAGCUGCUAAACUGUUGGGAACCUUUGUUCCUCCGACCGUCUUCCUGAAGCUGCUGCUGGAACAUGUGGCCUCCCCGUCCUCCUCCUCGCACCCCUGGGCCCCCCUCAUGGUGCUGGCUGCGGUGCUGGGAGGCUGCUCUGGACCACUCCUCAAACCACAUCUCCAACAGAUCGCCAACACUCUAGUCCAGCCUGACGUCUGCCAGGAAUAUCAACAGGUUAUGUACUUGGAGCAGUUGUCGGCGUGUGUGGAAAUGCUGCUGCAUCAGUGUGAGUCGGACUGUGGCUCAGUCAGCCUGCAGCUGCUGCAGGUGCUGGUCACUGUUCAGAGUCUCUCCACCGAGCCAACGCUCAGCCAAAAGGCCUUGGAGACUGUACAGCUCUUGUGUAAGGUGCAGGGCCUGGACUCAGUGAUGGAGCUCUAUAGACAGCAUAUGGGCCAGCUGCUGGACUGGCUGUCCACCUCUGUCAACACCUGGUCCAGUUACUCCCCACAGAGACUCCAACUGCAUAUCAUAAUCAUUCAAUCAGGUCCAGUGAUUGGGGAGUUUUUGAGCCAGCUGAUGCCUCUUCUCUGUAGCUGCCUCCAACCAAACAGAGACCCAGAAAUGAGAAUGAGCAUCUUCACAAUGUUUGCCAAAUUGCUGCUGGAUGCAAGCAACACACUGGACUCCCGAGGGUGUUUCCGUGAUGAGUCAGAGAAGUUUCUGUGCGACAUCUUGCUUCCUAACCUGGUGUGGCACGCCGGCCGCACUGCUGCUGCCGUCCGCACCUCCGUCCUCAGCUGUGUGUUGGCCCUGCUGCAUGGAGAGGCCAUCACACCUGGACAGCUGCUCUGUCUGGAGGAGAAGCUGAGUCCCCAGGUGCUGUCGUCCCUGGAUGAGGACUCGCAGAUGAGUCGAAUGUUAGCUUGCCGCUCUCUUUGUGCCAUACUCAGACUUGUAGGAACCAGUUUGAGCCAUGAGGCACUCAACAAGAUUUACCCCGAGCUGCUGAAGCGUCUGGACGACAGCAGCGAGGAGGUGCGCAGCGUUGCUCUGCAGGCUCUGAGUCUGUGGCUGUCCAGCCUCACCAAAGACUACAGCCUUGAUUUCUGCACUCCUCACCUGCAGCUCCUCUUUCAGCAGCUCCUCCUGCACCUGGACGACCCCGACAGCUCAGUACAGGACCGAGUGCUCGAAACCCUGAAGAAAGGCAGCUCGGUCCACCCGGCGCUUCUGAAGCAGGAAGUGGAGGCUGUGAGGGACAAACAGCGGAGUCCUCUGUACUGCGACCUGCUGCUCCAGCACAUCAGCUCGCCACCCACAGAGACCGCAACAGGCUGACUCUUCAAAUGUUUGCAGAGACUGAUGAUUGUGCCUUAACCGGAAGGACGUUCACUCUUUGUUCACCGAUUUAGAAGCAGGUGGCAGAAUUUAAAUUCAGAGCAGGUGUUCUGUAUUCAUUCCUUUUCUUGUUCUCCUUUGGUUCUGAUGUUUGGGUCUAUUGAAAAAUAAUUUGUUUUACUGUGUCUUUACAGUGUUUGCAUUGUUCCUCUCUUAGGGUGCCUGCACUCAAAAUCCCAUGAUGCUGAGAGAAGCUGUUCAUGUGAUUUUUAGUUGUUUUGAUUUUUUGUCAGAUUGAACUGAAUGAGAUGUGUGGAUAUUUAUAUCGUUUUAAUAAAUCUUUUAAAUAUA